AUUUUAUUUGACCAAAGCUAAGCUAUUUAAUACUCGUCUCGGACAGUCAGAGAGGAGAGAACGUUUGAAAAGUAACUCCAGUUUCCGGCACACUAAAACGAGGAGAAGAAAUGGAAUUAGAACAGGUUUCCGGCGAGAUUGACGGCAGAAAGGUAAAUGAUGCUCAAUCGCGGAGGAAGGCUGGCCGUAAAUGGAGGGAAGAAUCAAAGGCCGUGUGGCAUAUAGCCGGACCGGCCAUCAUUACUGCCGUUUCGCAGUUCUCUUUCGGGUUCGUCACCUCCGCCUUCGUCGGUCAAAUCGGGCAUGUUGAGCUUGCGGCCGUCUCUGAAGUUCAGAAUGUCGUUGAAGGUUUCGUCUAUGGUAUCAUGUUAGGAAUGGGCAGUGCUCUUGAGACUCUCUGUGGCCAAGCUGUAGGAGCUUCAGAGUUCAACAUGUUGGGAAUUUAUCUACAGAGGUCAUGGAUCAUCACUGGAAUCACUGCUUUGUUACUAACCCCAGUUUACAUCUUCACUUCACCCAUACUAAAGCUCCUACGUCAAGACAAUCACAUAUCUCAUGUUGCUGGCAAAUAUGCAAUUUGGGUGAUUCCUCAGCUCUUUGCAUAUGCAUUCAACUUCCCUAUACAGAAGUUCCUCCAAUCCCAGUCUAAAGUAUGGGUCAUAGCUGCAAUGUCUCUUGCUACACUGGCACUUCAUUCCCUUAUGACUUGGGCCCUUGUGAUGAAGAUGGGACAUGGCUUGCUCGGGGCUGCAAUUGCUGGAAAUAUAUCUUGGUGGAUUUUGAUCAUUGGCCAGACCAUUUAUAUUAUUUCAGGGCGUUUUCCUGAUUCUUGGACUGGAUUUUCUUGUCUGGCGUUUAAGUCUCUGUUCAAUUUUUUGAAGCUGUCAUUAUCCUCAGCUGCAAUGCUAUGUUUGGAGCUGUGGUAUUUCACUGCUGUGAUUCUUAUGGUUGGAGGUCUUGAGAAUGCCGCUGUUGCUGUGGACUCCGUCUCAAUCUGUGUGAACCUGCAACUUUGGGCUCUGAUGGUUGCUCUUGGAUUCAAUGCAUCAGUUAGUGUAAGGGUUUCAAAUGAACUGGGAGCAGGGAGACCAAAAGCUGCGAAAUUCUCUAUUACGGUCAAUGUAUUGACAUCUGCAAUCCUUGGAACUGUAUUCACAGUCAUCGUAGCUGCUACUGUACACCAGUUUCCCAGAAUGUUCUCAAAGAAUCAAGAGGUCAUAGAGAAGACCUCCAAGUUAGGCUACCUCCUAGCAGCAACAAUCUUCUUAAACUCCAUCCAACCUGUCUUCCAUGGGGUGGCUGUUGGUGCGGGGUGGCAGUUUAUAGUAGCGGUGGUUAACCUUGUAAGCUAUUAUGUCGUUGGCCUCCCGAUUGGCGCACUACUAGGUUACAAGUUUAAGCUUGGUGUUAAGGGCAUUUGGUCUGCAAUGUUGGGUGGGAGUGUUCUACAGACUGUCAUCUUAUACAUCAUCAUUGCCAGGAAAAAUUGGCAGAAAGAGGCUCUUCAAGCUGAGGAAAGAGUCAGACAUUGGGGCGGUACAGUGGAGAAUCAAGAAAGCCCGUCGUCUGUACAAAGGAUUCGGAAUGAAACAAGAUGAACAGAUUUGGAACAUACACAAAUACAGUUCAAUUUUUUUUAUUUUUUAUGAUAGGAAGCUUUUUGAAAAGUUGUAAUCCAUUCAUUAUAGUAUGAUAAGUUGUAAUUCAUUCAUUAUAGCUUGGGGCAAUCCCUCAAUUUUGUAUUUCUACAAUCCCUCCUCCAAUCUAUAUUUUUUCUGUUAAAUUAGUGCUCUCUGCUCAGUCAGUCUUUUGAGAAUUGAGAGGUAACGUAUUAAAAUAUCUCUUCAAUCAGAUACAAUUAUGAAUUUAUGACCACAUCUUCUCUUCA